AUGGCAGCUCCAGAAAAGCGACCUGAAAUCAUCGAGCUUUCGCGCGGUCUGCGCGGGGUACCACAAUGUGAAGAUUAUGAACGUAUGAUCUCGGGAAUGAUGUACAAUCCCACCAUCCCUAAGCUCUUGGAAGCGCGUCAUCUGUGUCGCGGUCUGACAGCCGACUACAACAACCUGGACACAAAGACUGUGCCUUAUGAUCAAAUAGCCGAUAAGCGACUGGAGCUGCUGCGCAAACUGGUCGGUAGAGUCGGGGAUGGCACGUUCGUUGAGCCACCCUUUCUCCCAGAUUAUGGAUGCAAUAUUACAAUUGGGCAUCAUUGCUUUAUUAACUGGAAUGUGACUAUCUUGGAUACCAGUCUGGUUGUCAUUGGAGAUCGAGUGCAAAUUGCAACCGGAGUCAGCAUUUUCACUGCUGGACACGAUACCAGUGUUCUGUCCCGCCGAAAAAAUGUCGAGUUCGGCCACCCUAUCUUUAUUGAAGAUGAUUGCUGGAUUGGUGGGAAUGUGCUGAUUCUUCCUGGUGUUCGGAUUGGCAAGGGAUGCACGAUUGGUGCCGGAUCUACUGUGACUAAGGAUAUUCCGCCGUAUUCUGUUGCGGUGGGGAGUCCAUGUCGGGUGGUCAAGACUAUUCCAUCGCCAGAGGAGGAGGAGCAGGAUCGGAAUAACCCAUACCGGCACUUGGUUCAUCAAAGUUACUGA